AUGCCGGGGACGUGGAACUCAAGGAACCGUGUGUUCUCGUCCGCACUCAGAGGCUGCAUUCCUCCCACAUGUCUCCAGCCCAAGACAGAGCAGACCAGACCAGAGCAGGCCAGAGGGCAGGCUCCCGGGAGGAGGCAUCACAAGGCGCCACGAAGCAGAGAGGGCUCUGCUGCUGCUGCCGCUGUUGCGUACGCGGCAUCUGGAAGCAAGUGGGUAGAGGGGUACCAUGUGGGCACGCACCGGUGGCCCAUUAUCAAAAUGCUGACGCCGGAACUGGGCCCGUUCCCUCUGUUCGUGGAGAUGCCUCUGGGGUUCGUAGAGUGCGAUGUGCAUCCGGGGAUGGCCAGCCCAGUGGGAUUGUCUCCCGGCCCCUACCCUACAUGA